UAUGAUUGUCAAACGUUCAUUGAUGGACGUCAUUUUAAAGCCUAUUUAUUGAUAUUAAAUUGGUAAUAAAAACAUUUGUAAAUAAAUUGAUAAAACUCUAUUCGGUAGCAUGCUUUAAUAAUUAAUUCCCCUCAAUUCGCUUUGAAGCCAUGGCAAAUAAAAUGGACGAGUUUAAACAGAAAAUUAUGGGGUUCAUCCAUAAACAGCCUCCCAAAAUCCCUUCAAUGGGAUUCGAUGAUUCAAACUAUCAUUUCCCUCAAAUGCCCACGUUGUCUAUCAACAGUAAAACUGCUCAAGAUAGCGAUAGACCGGCAGAUCAAGAUAUUUUAGAAAGCAUCGAAGCAGCUUAUUUUUCCAUGAAUCCAGAUUUCGACAUAUGUAGAUUUGAGCUAGCUAAGCUGCCAGAGACGCUGGAAUGCGACCAGAUUCAAAGGGACUUCAAGAAUUUGAAACAGCAACAUUCAGUCGUAUCUAAAAAAGUGCUUCAGCUUAUCUUGGAGCAUCAAAGUGCUUGCAAUAAUGAAUUUAAAACCAUUCAAGACAUUCUGCAAGAAGUUAAAGCCACUUUAGAUCAAUGCAAGGAGAGCAGAAAGCAGCUGGCUAUUUGUGGGAAGCAGUUUUCAUCCAGUUUAGGAAUUUUGGCAAACUACAGAAAGAGGAAACUCGCUCAAAGGCUGCUGGGAAAUUUAAAUAUGAUUAAGAAUUUGCAUAGCUUUGACAAAAGAUGCCAAGAAUUACUCCAUGACGAGGAUUAUGCUGGAGCUAUAACGGAACUAAAAAGAUGUCAGAAAAUUGCCAUAAAAUACCGGCAUUUCAGUUGCGUGGCAGCCCUGACUUAUAAGUUACAAGAGACUUUGGAGAACACAGACACGCAAUUUGAUCGAAUUUUAGCUCAAAUGUGUUACCAUUUUGAUGGCGAAAGAUACUUCAAGCUGCAAGCAGCCUACGACUUACUUGAGAAGUCUCAUGUAGCAAUGAUUGACAAUAUACAUGUGCAUUAUAUAACUGCAAUUUACAACUCGUCUUUUAACAUUGUUAAUUCGUAUGUUUCUUCUGGGGAUGUUUUGGACUCUGGCGACAACACUGGAAAGAAUCCCUAUAAAACGCUCUGCCAAGCUGUGCCUCAAGACUAUUUUAUUUCAUGUCUAGUGCAACUGUGUAAGGUUCUUUUCAAAAUAGUUCUAAGUUAUCAUCAGUUAAUCAGAUGGUACAACAACCAAGAAGAAGGCACAAGUCAGAAUUGUUUGGGUGUGGAGCUAAAUAUGAGCAAGCAGAAACUGGAUCACAAUGUUGUGAAAAUAUGGGACGAUGUGCAAAGAAAAGUGUCCAGUUUGCUGUUAAAUGCUGAUUUAGCAGCAUACAAAUUCGACCAGUUUGUGCAAGUUUUGCGUGUGGUUCAUAGAUUAAUUCAAGUAGGAGAAGAGUUUUGCUCAAGUAAAUCUGAGGACUUGAGCGAAUCAAUACGAAAGCAGAGUAUUUGCUAUUUUAAGAAUUACCAUGCUCAACGGCUGGAUGAAUUGAAAAUAUUUAUGGAGAAUGAAAUGUGGGAGAUUUGUCCUGUUAAACCCACUUUCAAUGUGGUGCAGCUGCAGGAGUUCAGAUCGGUAAGAUCUGCGUUGAAAAAUUACAAAAACCCCAGUCAGAUCAGCCCCACAAUGCCAGUGUACUCAACAAAUUCUGCUGAUUGUUCUUCAUGCCAUUCUCAAGAUGGAAGCAGUAUUACCGGCAACUACUUCAUCAGGUAUGCAGACCAUGGCACCCCCUUUGAUACAGGCUUAGAUGACACGGUAAUCGAUGAGGAUAUUUUGGCUGUUGAUAAUGAGGGAUCAGGGUAUUUCUCAGAUGAUAGUGAGGAAGAAUCAGAAGAGCUCAAAAAGGAUUUUGUGGAUGAGGACAACAUAGAAGCUAAUGCAGCAAAUAUACCCGAAGGCAAACAUUCGCACCACAAAAAUGCCCCAAUUUUGACCAACACCACUUUAUCGGUGUUAAGACAAAUGGGCAAAUACCUGCAAAUGUCUAGGCUACUCAAACCGAUUUCCUAUCAGGUUAUUAGCUGCAUGAACGAGCUAUUUGACUUCUAUUUAUAUUGUGUUCAUCUAUUUUUUGCCUAUGAUUUGACGGUUUCAAGCAGUAAUCUUUACACUGAAACGCUCUCAACGACGCUCAGGAAAAUUAGUGAUAAUCUCAUUUUUGAACCGUCUUCGCAAGGGACCGAAUUAUCUUUUCCGGAAGGGCGGGUUCAUAAACCUUGCAUAUCGCUAAUGGUGGAUCUGAAAACACCAGAGAACCUACAUGGUUUAUCGGAAAGAAUAGUCGCUGUUGAAAGUCUGAUUUUCCUCUCAAAACAGUACGAGUUUUUGCAGGAAUAUUUGGAGUAUUUGGUGCCUCAAACAAACAGGAUUAUGCUGCAACAGUUCUUUACACAAAGUAUUUCCAGUUGCUCGGAUUUAAGAAGACCUGUUUAUAUGGCAGUGGUUGCGCAAGCAUUCGAUUUGAGGCAGAUUUUAAUUUCUAUGUCGAAAAUCAAUUGGGAAGUUAAGGAAGUAAUGUCGCAACAUAAUGCAUACAUCGAUAUGAUUUUACGAGAGGUGCAGAUAUUUAGGCUGCGACUUGAAGAUGUCGCUCAUAAAGUAUCGAUUUCUCUAGAAGUGUACAAACUCCUAUGGGAAAACAUAGCCCACAUUGUUACUCACACUUUGGUACAAGGAUUUUCUGAUGCCAAAAAGUGUUCAAAUGGCGGUCGAGCUUUGAUGCAGCUGGACUUUACACAGUUUUUAUCAAAAUUCGAAAAAAUCUCAUCACUGCGACCUGUGCCGCAUAAGGAAUAUGUGGAGAAUUACGUUAAAGCAUUUUAUCUGCCCGAAAUUGAACUUGAAAAAUGGAUCAGAGAACACAAGGAAUAUUCAUCUAAACAUUUAUUCGGCCUAGUCAGUUGUGCUUGCCAGAAUAAUAAAAAAUCUCGUCAGAGGUUGCUUCAAGUGAUAGAGGAGAGCGAGAGAAGUCCUCUGAGUAGGUAGCCCAAAAAUAGCAUUUUUAACAGCAACUUAAUUCAGUGAGUUAGAGCUUUUUAAAUUUUUAAUGUAAUCUCAAAGAUUGUGUGAUAUUCUGUACUACAUUAGAUUAAUUUUUUGUACCGGCGAAUUUUAAAGAUACAAUUUAGACGAAUGAAUGUCUCAAGAUACUUUACUACUUAUAAAAUAGGCCAACAAAUGCACUUAUUUGAUGAGAAACUGUUGGUUGAUGGGUAUUUGAAAAGCAAAACUUUAACAGUUGUUCAAUUUAUUUCAAAUAUGUACUCUUUAACAAACCAUUUGGAAUUAGGAUGUCUUAAAACUUAAAGCAAAGUACGUGGAUAAAUUAUCAUAUAAGGAUUUGAGUAUAAAUAAAGGCCACUUUCACUUUAAAUCAUUAACGUAGUUAAUCACACUUAUUUGACUAAGUGCAAUGUAUAUUCUUAAGUUUGUGUUUGAUACAACUUAGCGGUUGUUGAUAUUUUAACAUUAAAUAUUUUUAAAUUAUUUUGCUUAAAUAGGUUUUGUCGACGUAACUCAUACCCUUUGUACAUUAUUUCACAUUUCUUCGUAUACUAGAUUACUGUUGUUUCAAAUAAAUGUAACAUAGAUUGUU